GUCCUGAAUCACGCAUUGAGAUAAAUUGGCUUGAAGUUAUAGAUGAUUAUGACGGAAAUUAAGCGAGUUCUACUCCUGAAACAAACAUUAAAAUAAAGCAACAAUUCAGAAAAUCAGUUAGUGUUUUAUUCAACAAGGGAUUUCUAAAGGGACGACCUCUUUUAAUUCAACAUGAAUAGGGAAAUAUCACGAUGUGCGAUUAACUGCAGAUGCGCGCCGCAUAAACGCAACAUUCAUCCGACGAAGCUCUUAAUCGGUACUACUCCUGCUCGAAAUCCAAAAAAUAUAUAUAAACAGUGCACAUAUUACAAAUAUAAUAUGUUUGGACCCGGUCAGGUGUGCAGUGCGUUAGAGCUUUACCACGGACCAUCGAAAUUUCCUGCGUAGUGCGAUAUCCUCAGCAGAAAUAAAAAUUUGUUGCGCCAUGAGCUGCUUGGUGGGCAGGAACAGGAGCCGGAAGCGGAACAGCGGCAGUACGCUGGACGAAUACGACAAGGUCAGCACUCUUGGCAAUGCGGAUGACACGGAGUGCGCGUCGCUUAAUCCGGAGCGGGACCAGGAGCCGGAUAAUAAAGAGCCGGAUUUGCAUGAGGAACCGGAAUUCGGCCAUCUCGAUGAGACGCGGCGCAAGAUUCACGAUGCCAUUGCGGCCCUGAACGAUGAUAGCUUUGAUAAGCGUAUGGCCCGGCUGCUCAUGCAGUACGAGGGUGCAAUACGGGAGGAGUUCGAGCGGGCCCAGUAUUCGCCUCUGAAGUGUCGCAAGCUGGCGCGCAUUUUAACCGGUCUCACCGACGUCAUCCACACCAUGGUCCAGGGUCGGGCAUUGCAGCAGGACGAAGUAUACAGGCAACGUAUGUGCCACAUUGUCGGCUUCUACAUAUCCUGCGAACUUUGCUCCGCCCAGGAGCCGGUAGAAAGCGAGGAGUGCAUCAUCAAUCGUAUCAACAGUUGCCUGAAGCUCUACGUGGAGUACGGAGAAGGUGGAGCCGGCGUUCACCGGGAGCACGUGCUGCGCACUCUCCUCGCAGCCCCCAAACUCUUCAACAGAGCCAGCAUUUUGUCCAUGCUGUACAGCUGCCUCUUUCCGCACUGGUCGAUGCCCAGCGUUAUGAUUCAAGCAGAACUGCCAGAUAAACUCUACAUCGAAUACAUACUCAUAUUCUACUACUGGCAGCGCCUGGAGUCGGAUGAGUCGGUCAAGGAACGAAUCGUAGAGUUUGCCGAAAAGUUCAUGAGACCCUCGAGAUCCCUGGCCUUAAGAAGUGUCUAUGCCCACUACUUGCCAACAUUUCCAGACCGAAGCACGGCCACGCGAAUCAUAUUGAACCAUCUGCGCAAGAGUAGCUGCACCAGUUUGCAUGUGGUCAGCAAGGUGGACAACCGACCACCGCAGUCCAACGAAGUGGUACUCAGCUCCGAUGAUGAAGACAGUUGCCCUAUGUGGGACAUAUCGGGUACUCCGACUUCGUCACUAAACAAUCAUCCGCCCGUUUUCCUCCAGAAUCUCUGCCAGAAUGCCCGUCAGUUGGAGCCGUGCAAGCGGGCCAAUGCCCUCUUUAGCGGCAUUGACAACUCCAUUGAGAUCGUAGAGCUGCGCGACUCUGACGACGAUGUGGAAAUGUUCUCGGUGAACUUCAAUGUGCCUGCCAAUGUGGAUGGCAUCAUCUCAAACUCCAACUCCAACGAUUCGGCGAAUCAGGCAGCGACAACGGUCCUCGGCGAGGAUGACUCCGUGCCCGUCACUCGGAUCUAUCCCAGCAACCUGCGCACGUACGAAAGGGCGGUGAUUCCACCCACCACCUACACAGUGCCGCGCAUUGUGAACAGUUACAGCUGCCGCCGAGAUAGCCUUCAUUUGGUGUCGACCACAGCGCCGCAUCUCGUCGAUCAGUGCGUGCAGACCUUGGAGGAGGAAGAGCCGGAUCUGAUUGAGGAGAACCCAUACCCCAGUGCCCUCAGUCAAAACUUCUUUCCACGGAGCAGCAGUGCCAGCGAUGCCAGCGGACAACGAACCCCAUUGUACCACUGCCGUCAAUCUUCUAGUCAGAACAGCAACUGCAGCGAGUCGUCGCUGCUAAAAAAACAGGUUACCUUUAGUCCCCGGCAUCUGGGGGCCACUGCCCCGAGUGCCAAGGCAGGCGCAUCCAAGAAGCCAUCCAUAAAGCAAUACAUGACCAAGUCCUCGGUGAGUGGUGCAGGAUCCCUCCGCUGGAAAGCAGAGCACCAUAAGGCCAGCGCGAAAAUGUUCGCCAAGCUAGAUGCCAAGAUCAAAGCCAGGAAUGAAGUCAAAAAUGUCGCUGCUAGCCAGCUGACACCCACCACCAGCAACGCCUCCAGUGGCACAUCCACCAAGAUCUCAGCCACGCCGACCCGCAUCCGGGCAACGCCGCGUGGGCAAAGAGUUGCAUUGCCUACGCCACCAGCUUCAACGCACAGUUCGAGCAGUCCUUGCCAGAUACAAAGUGUAUCGACUGACAAUCAGAGCUCCAGCGAUUGGGGCUUUAGUCGUCGCUGUUUGUCCAAGGCUGAUGGCGAUGAAGUGAGCUACUAUAACCAUCUGCUCACUCUUCAGCGCGAGAGCAUUCGCCGACGUAGGUUGAACAAUCAAAAGAAAAAGGUAGAUAGAGCCAACCACGAGGUGGAGAAGCUGGUCGAUCAGAAAAAGCUGCUCAAGCAGGCCACGAAGCGAUGCCGGAAGCUUCGUGUCUUAAACGCCAAGCGAAGAAAGGAAGUUCAACAGCUGGAGGAGGACUUGGCCAUCAUUCGGAAAUCAGCGCCACAAAGGUUGCCCCAAAUAAGACUGAAACGUUUUAAUCUCAAGAGCCUGGUAAGGUCAAAAAGAGCAGAAAAAGCGGAUACAAGCAGGAAGUUACAGGAACAAACUACCCAGAAGGAGAUGGACCAGCAACGAGAAGUGCGGAAACGCAGCAAGGAUCAGAAGGUGCCUGAGGAGGUGAAGGAGCUGGAGAAACCAGAGAAUAUAGAGACGAAAAAGCAAAUGGAAGAGAAGGAGGAAGUGGUGAAGCGCCAUGAGCAUCGUGAGCAUGAGCAUGAGCACGAUCAGGAGCAUCAGCAAUUUCUGGAGGAGCAGCUGCUACAGGAGGAACAUCAACUGGAAUUGCACAAUCAACAGCAGGCAGAGGAGAAAAAUUUGGUAGAGAAUAAAAACGAGACUGAGGAUGAGCAACUUCAGGGGAAAAAUGAACACCAGCCAGGAGAAGAGACACCUCAGGUAGAGGACCCAGACGAGGAAGAGUUAACUCAGCACAAGGAUCAAGUUCAGGCAGUUGAUCAAGACGAAGAACACCGAAAUCACGAGGAUCAACAUCCAGGAAAGGUAAAGAUCCUGGAGAAGCAACAACAGGACAAGGAAAAUAAAAAGCAGUUAAUGGAUAGCCAACAGUUUGAAAAUAAAAUCGAGGCAUCUCCGAAACGGAAAAAGCCCAAGCGAAGGCGGCGUGUAAAGCGGGCUCUUUGGACGCACAUCAAAAAUAAGAAAAAGAAGCAGGUGCUUUUAGCUUACCCAUUACCAUUUGAAGCAGAUCCUGCGCUCGAAACCUCUCCCAUACAGCCAGAACCAGCUCCAGAUGAAGAGCCAGCCCCAGUUGCCGAGAUCACACCAGAGCCUGCCUACGAAUUUGACCAGGACAUGGUGCCCGAGGUGGGCAACGAACUGGAGAUCGCUGCUCCUGUUCUAGCGGACGAGGACGAAGACAGCAGUGCGAUACUUUCCCCGUCACACAACCUUGAACUUGUGACUAGCCAUGUGCCCGUGUACUUGCUCAACGGCGAGAGUCGCGAUGUCAGCACGCCAUUGUCCAGCAGUGCGUUUAGUGCCAGCGGAUCAGAGCCAUAUGCCACAUCGAAGGAUUAGUUUAGGAAGCCCCCACCAAAACCCAUUUCUUGUUCCAGUUGCCGAUCCAAUCACAAUGAUCAUGGCCUGCAAUAGUAUUUAUAAUUUUCUGUUGAAGAGACUUCUGUAAAACUGUUUGAGCACUGUAAUACUUAGGUUUAUUGUAGUUAAUUAGCAGUUGUUGAAAGUUUUAAUUUCUAUGUUUACAUUUUUAUUUGCAAUACACAAUUCCCUUUAAGUCAACGCGUACCAAAUCCCCGGCAUCAUCCAUGUCAAUUUUAAGAAAUAAAAUGAAAUUAUUAGUGUACAUUGUGCGUAAAAUAAUAAUCAAA